AUGGCGUCGCGGCGGGGCGUGCGGCGCGCGAGCUUCGCGGGCAUCCCGCAGACGUCCGUGCUCAAGCGCGCGAGCGAGCAGGUCAAGGCGUCGAAGCUGACGCCGCUCCUCCUCUGGACGAAGCUCAGCAUCCGCUACGGCGGCGUGGAGAAGGCCGCGGUCGCGGGCGCGCAGGGGUCCGUGCAGCGCGGCACGUUCACGGCGCUCCUCGGCCCCGCGGGCUCGGGCAAGACGACGCUGCUCCAGUGUUUGGGCGGGCGCCUCGCCUCCGACGCGCGCGUGUCCGGCUCGCUGGCCGUCGACGGCACGCCGUUGGACAGCGAGGCCAUGAAGGCGAUGUCGAGUUACGUCGCGGACGAGGACCUGUUCCUGCCGCACCUGGAGACGCUGGAGAGCCUGUUCUUCGUGGCGCGCAUGCGCGUGCGGAGCGGCGCCAUGAACGACGACGACUUGAACGACCUGUGCAUGCUGCUGCUCGAGGAGCUGGGGCUCGCGGACAAGGCCGCGGUCCUCGUCGGCGGCGAGCUCAGCGGCGGGCUGAACGUGCGGGGCCUGAGCGACGGCCAGCGGCGGCGCCUGUCCCUGGGCUGCGGCCUCGUGUCGAAGCCCGCGCUCAUCUUCGCCGACGAGCCGACGAGCGGCCUCGACGCGUCGAGCGCGCUGAGCGUCAUGCAGGUCAUGCACGACCUCGCGGCGAACGCGCACCUGGGCAUCAUCUGCACGGAGCACCACCCGCGCCUCGCCGUCUGGCAGAUGUUCGACCAGGUUUGUUUGUUGAGCGAGGGCCACGCGUGCUACGUCGGGCCCGCGGACGGCUGCGUGCCCUGGUUCAAGUCGCUCGGC